AUGCGCUACAGUCGGUUGGCAUCGAGCCACGAAGAAGCCGACGAGUAUUCCCGUCUUCUCCCAAUGCCUGAUUCUGAGGUGAUGACGUCAAAGAAAGCGACGCCCAAUAUCAGUUUCAGAUAGGAAUCGAGGGAUCAGACGACGUCUAUCUCCUGCCCUCCGUGUCAUCCACGUCUUCUUCCACGUUCAGCAUGACAAGGUGAGCCCGAAGAGAAUCAGAGAACACGCCGAAAUAGAGUGCAUAAGAAUUAUGAGCAGCGAAAGCGGAAAGAGCUUUUGGUGCAGAUGUGUGAGCAAAUCGUGUGCUGAGCAGGCAUCGACCAAAAAUCAGCCGCGUCUCUUUCUGAAAACUUUAUUGAAACUGCAAAUGAAAAGCAGUUAGUCACGGCUGUCAACCCGUUCGAAUCCUCUCCAUUGAAUACUUUCGCUUGUUAGUUGCAUUCAAAGUGGCCAUCUCUCUCUCCCUCUGAAAAAGACAUAUUCUCAGACACCUCAAUUUCACAAUGCACCCUCUAUUGCCCUCUGGGCCAUUCGGGCUCUUUUUGUCCUCGUGCUCCCCUUGUUUUCCGUUUGCUCUCCUUGACAACCGCACUAAUGAGCCGGCGUGAGACUGCGGCCGAAUGUCCAGUUAUUUCGACGACCACCCGCAUUUCUUCACACCGACGCGUGUAUUUGUGAUUAUUCCGGGUAGCAUGGCGGCUGCGUCGUCGGAGGAUUUCCAUAAAAUAUACUGGUGCCGUGUCGCACCGUCCGACGAUUUCCGCAUCUCUCUCGGUCUCUCCUACUUGCUGCUACCACGCCGACAGUUGUAACAGUUAAUUUGCGAUCGCUGAUCGACCGAUGCAUACGCAGACGAACAAGACGUACAGACCGAAAAACUGUUGUUCUCAUCGUCCCUUUUCGACGUCGACGCUCUUUUUCUGACGCUCUGUGUCCAUCCAUUUUUGUGUUGCUGUGUGGGUUGUAUUGCGUGUUUGUCGUUUUUGAUGGCAUGGGAAAGCGAGAUAGUUUCUUAUGCCAAAGGCCAGGACUGUUCUUCGCCCGCCUAUCAUUUAAUUCCAAUUUAAUUCUUCUUCUUCUUCUUCUUCUUCUUCCACUUCUUCUUCUUCUUCUUCCCGUCUCAAAUCUCUUUCACUUCCGCCUCUUCCCUACUAACUAGGUUUCUUCUUGUUUCUUACCAAAGAAAUCAGAACAAGCCGCGUAUUGUUAUCGUUUUAUGUGUGUAGGCUCUCUUUCUCUUUCGACGCAGCCGUUUGGAGUCUCCUCUCGUUUCCAUCUGCCGAUAAUGGAAAUGAUGUCGUGCACGACUCAAAACAACUCUUUCCUUUCAGUUUUAGCACGUUUCGAAUUUCAUAACGAGACGCAGUCGUUUUAACAAAUUAUACCUUAGCCCAGCAGUCUGAGAGAGUAAAUGCGCGGUUUGAGUUGUAUUUCCUUUUCCGAUCCGCUUCCACCUGUCCAUCGUCUUCUGCUUCUUCUUAUUUUUGCCCGUCUCUCUUCUCUCCGAUUUCAUAGCGUUUCCACCUCGCGGUGCAAUCGAAAGAGCGCGCAAAUACGCACAUUUGAGGCAGUUGGGAACGAGUGCGAACCGCUCGGAUAUUUGUUCAAUUGGUCUCUUCAUCCAUCAACAAUCGUGCACACGAACUGCCCGCCACUACCGUAUAUUGCUCUGUUCCAGACAUUUUCUAAGGAUUCCCAUGAUGAUUCUAAGCGUAUAGCUCAUGCUUGCGUAGCUAGUAAUUCCCUUUGGACGAGUCAUUGUGUGCUUUUGUGCGUCAGUCAAUUCUACAGAACGACGAAUUGUGAGAGAUUCGAAGAAUUUUUGUGCGUUGAGAAAAAGCGCGAUAAAAACCAUUUUGAAAUCAUUCACAGGUGUCGAACACCUGGAUGCGUUCAUCAGUCCGACCCAACCCAACAUGCCCCACCCCUCUCCAAAUGUAUUGCAUUCCAUUCUUUCCCGUCCGUGACGCCAUACGGUCUUCUGAUUCUGAUUCAUCUGUGUCGUCAUUGAAUCAGUGUCUUCAUUCCUUUUACUGCUGUGCUCGCACACUCUUUCUUCCCUUUCGAUGCGAAUCGAAAUGCGGUAUCAUUUUUGAGCGAGUCAGUUGUUGAUUCGAUCAGGCGCACUUUUGAGUUUUCUGUUUGUUUUCAAACCGUCUAUCGUUGGCCAUUCGGCCCGAUCGAAACCCGCCGGAUUAUGGACAGUCACACCGUCGCCUCCUCAGUCCCUGUCUCGCAUCGAUUCGACGUCUCCUUCGCCCAAAUCAGAUUAUCGUCGUUCCUUUCCUCUUCUUCCGUAGUAAACGACGAAAGCGUCUCUUUCCGGUCUCAAGACGGUUCUCCAAUAUUUAUACGAUCCGUGACCGUGCCGGAUGAAUCAGCACUUCCGUUCUGUUUACUCUGUCUUUUAUUACUGGACACAGUUCCGUUCGUGCUGGAUUUCCCAUUCCACUCCUCGCUUCCUUUCAUCGUCUCCUUAUCUUGUCGCUAUCCGAGUAAUUUUCAGCGACUGAAGUUCUGGGUGUAACUAGGGCCGCGUUAAUGGUGGACUAAUAUGGGAAAGAAGAAGAAGAACGACGAGUCCUCGUCUUCGUCUUCGUCUUCUCAGAAACCCUCUGCCGACGACUUCAGCGUGUCCUUCGUUAAAUCCGAAGAAGAUGACGGGACAACCACUAUCCGCGACAAAACCGCCUCUCUCAAAUCCAACGCCACUCACUUCUCGGCGGCUUCGGCUGCGAAGGGAGGACUGUUGUGAGUUAAUAAAAACGCGCGUGCAUUCAAAAUGUGUGAGAAUCCCCGCUGGCAGCGAGUCGCUCAGUUUCCCACUGUUCAAAAUGAUUGGUUUCGACAGCCAAACCAACACAGUAUUGAUCGACGAAGUUCUGAAACUAAAGCCUAAAUCGAAAUUCAGCAGGUGCCCGCGAGUUUUAUGUCAUUCCAAUUGACACUUCAAUUUGUUCAAGCUUUUUCAGAUGCUGUCGGUCGUUGUUUUCGAGACGACGAGUGCUGCAUUCACGGACGGUGCGAGUGGGAUACGGGCCGGUUGGACAUGAUGCAAACGUAACGUUCGCACCGAACACUGUCUGCAAUCAGAAGUACAAUCUGUUUAGUUUUGUGCCAAUCGUGAGUUUUUCCAUGUAUUCUUCCAAUCGGAAUCGAUGAUUUCGCAGGUACUGUUCCAACAAUUCAAAUUCUUUUUGAACCUUUACUUCUUGCUGAUGGCCUGUUCUCAGUUCAUUCCGGCCAUACAAAUAGGAGCACCCAUUACGUACUGGGGUCCCCUCGGAUUCGUUCUGACCAUUACUCUCAUCCGUGAGGCAUUCGACGACUUUGUACGAUAUUUGAGAGACCGAGACCUUAAUUCGGAAAAGUACGAGAAACUGACAAGAGACGGAACGAGAGUGGAAAUCCGAAGUGCGGAUAUCGAAGUCGGAGACGUGAUUAUAAUGCACAAGGACAGAAGAGUUCCCGCCGACGUCGUUUUGCUUCGAACGACCGACAAGUCUGGAGCCUGUUUCAUCCGUACCGACCAAUUGGACGGCGAAACUGACUGGAAAUUGAGAAUACCCAUUCCGUUCACUCAACAUCUGCCGAACGAAGCCGACAUUAUGGAGUUGAAUUGCGAGAUCUAUGCGGAAAAACCACAAAAGGAUAUUCACGCAUUCGUGGGAACUCUGAAAAUGACUGUGGAUGACACUGUCCAAGACGGAUCUCUGAAUGUGGAAAACGUUUUGUGGGCGAAUACAGUCGUUGCUUCUGGAACUGCCGUCGGAAUCGUCGUGUACACUGGCCGCGAAACAAGAAGUGUGAUGAACACGACACUUCCGGAAAGCAAGGUUGGUCUUCUUGACCUCGAAGUGAACAAUCUCACCAAGCUGCUCUUUAUCUUCGUGCUCGUGCUGGCUUCUGUCAUGGUCAUCAUGAAAGGUAACUUUAUAAAAUAAAUUCUCAGUUCUAUGUAGUCUUUCAGGACUCGAUAAUCUGUGGUAUCGUUACUUGAUGCGAUUCAUCCUCCUCUUCUCCUACAUCAUUCCGAUCUCGCUUCGUGUUAACCUCGAUAUGGCAAAACUAUUCUAUUCGUGGCAAAUCGGACGAGACAAGCAUAUCCCGGAGACCGUUAUCCGUUCAUCGACGAUUCCGGAAGAACUCGGUCGAAUCUCUUUCUUACUCUCCGACAAGACUGGAACACUGACAAAAAACGAAAUGCAUUUCAAGAAGAUCCAUCUCGGAACUGUCGCGUUCAGCAGUGACGCGUUCGAAGAAGUCGGACAGCACGUGAAGAGUGCCUACGCGGGCAGACUGGCCAAACACUCGUUCUCUGCGAAACUGCAGAAUGCGGUCGAGGCUAUCGCCCUUUGUCAUAAUGUUACGCCGAUCUUUGAGAACGGAGAGACCUCGUAUCAAGCCGCCAGUCCGGAUGAGGUGAGUGUCUGGCACCACUUUAUGCGCCACCUAAAUGCAACACGCUGUCCGUCUAAUUCGUUUGUUCUUGCUCUCUACUAGUUGCGCACUUGUCGGUGUGCUUUGUGAAGACAAAUAACAACAGAAAGACCAAAAUGUUACUAACUUUUCUCAAAUUUGCAGGUUGCGCUGGUGAAAUGGACGGAAACUGUCGGUGUACGAUUGGCAAACAGAGAUCUGCAUGCCAUGUCGCUCAGUGUGAUGCUUCCCAAUGGCCAGACGCUCAUGAAACAGUUCCAAAUUUUGCACGUCUUUCCAUUCACGAGUGAAACGAAACGAAUGGGAAUCAUUGUGAAGGACGAGACGACGGAUGAAGUGACGCUUCUAAUGAAAGGGGCAGACACAGUGAUGAGUGGAAUGGUGCAGUACAAUGACUGGCUCGACGAAGAAUGCAGCAACAUGGCUCGCGAGGGUCUCCGCACUCUCGUCGUCGCUCGCAAACCACUGUCUCCGGCUGAAUUGGACGCAUUCGACAGAGCUUACCACGCGGCGAAGAUGUCCAUAUCGGAUAGAUCUCAGAACAUGGCUUGUGUCGUGAAUAGAAUGCUCGAACGAGAUCUUCAGCUUCUAUGCCUGACUGGAGUCGAAGAUCGCCUGCAGGAUCAGGUGACGACGUCCCUCGAGUUGCUCAGAAACGCCGGAAUCAAGAUUUGGAUGCUCACUGGAGACAAACUGGAGACCGCCAUUUGCAUCGCAAAGUCCAGUGGACUGUUUUCGAGAUCUGACAACAUCCACGUGUUUGGAAAUGUGCACAAUAGAACGGAUGCUCACAACGAGUUGAACAACUUGAGAAGGAAAACGGACGUGGCCCUUGUGAUGCCCGGGUCUGCUCUAAACGUCUGUCUACAGUACUACGAAGCAGAAGUGGCGGAGCUCGUCUGCGCGUGCACUGCCGUCGUCUGUUGUCGUUGCUCACCGGAACAGAAGGCUCAGAUAGUCCAAUUGCUUAGAAAGGUUUUUUUUUAAAUUGUCAUUUUCUCACUAUUAUCUUUCAUUCCAGUACCGUGCUCCACUCCGUGUUGCCGCGAUCGGAGACGGAGGAAAUGACGUUUCGAUGAUCCAAGCAGCUCACGCGGGAAUCGGAAUCGACGCGAACGAAGGAAAACAGGCAUCCCUGGCCGCCGACUUCUCGAUCACCCAGUUCUCGCACGUGUGUCGUUUACUCCUCGUCCACGGACGGUUCUGCUACAAACGAUCGUGUGCUCUCUCGCAAUUCGUCAUGCAUCGUGGUCUCAUUAUCUCAACAAUGCAGGCCAUUUUCUCAUGCGUUUUCUAUUUCGCCUCCGUCUCUCUGUACCAGGGAGUUCUGAUGGUCGCUUAUUCCACGUGCUACACAAUGCUUCCCGUCUUUUCCCUGGUCGUCGAUCGAGAUGUCACUGCCACCAAUGCGCUCACUUACCCAGAAUUGUACAAAGAACUCGGAAAGGGCAGGUCCCUCUCGUACAAGACAUUCUGUAUCUGGGUCCUCAUCUCGCUUUAUCAAGGUAAUCAUUCAGUGAUCAAGAGAGCUUUCGUCAAUCACCUUUCCAGGGGCCGUCAUCAUGUACGGUGCUCUUCUGGUCUUCGACGCUGACUUCAUUCAUGUCGUCUCGAUCUCGUUCUCCGCUCUCAUCGUCACCGAACUCAUCAUGGUGGCCAUGACCGUGCACACGUGGCAUUGGGCGAUGCUUCUUGCACAGGUAAAACUAUCCAUUCUUGGCUUCUACCGCAAUUCACUCAUUUCAGGCACUUUCGCUUGGGCUCUACAUGAUCUCACUCAUUCUCUUUGACCAGUACUUCGAUCGGCAGUUUGUGCUCUCCUGGGUCUUCAUCUCGAAGACGACAGCCAUCACGGCAGUCUCGUGCCUCCCGCUCUACAUAAUCAAGGCUCUUCGUCGCAAGUUCUCACCGCCGAGCUACGCGAAAGUCAACUGA